AUGGAGACGAUUCGUUUGCUGAUCUAUUUGGCGGCGCAAAUGAAGUGGAAGAUCCAUCAACUAGAUGUCAAGUCAGCCUUCUUAAAUGGCUAUCUUGAAGAAGAAGUCUAUGUUAAACAACCAUUGGGCUUCGUGGUCAAAAACCAUGAAGAUAAAAUGUUGCGGUUGAAGAAAGCUUUAUAUGGAUUAAAGCAAGCCCCACGAGCAUGGAAUAGUUGCAUCGACAAAUAUUUUCAAGACAAUAGGUGUGCUCGUUGUCUCCAUGAAUAUGCUCUUUACCUUAAAGUUCAUACUAAUGGAGAUAUCUUACUUGUUUGUCUUUAUGUUGAUGAUCUUAUUUUCACGGGCAAUAACUCAAGUUUGUUUGAAGCUUUUAAGAAAGAUAUGUCCUGUGAGUUUGAGAUGACAGAUAUAGGGCUCAUGUCAUACUACCUGGGCCUAGAAGUGAAGCAGAUGGAGGAUGGAAUUUUUAUCUCUCAAGAGAGCUAUACAAAAGAGAUAUUGAAGAAGUUCAACAUGCUCGAAUGCAACCCCGUGAACAAACCGAUGGAGAGUGGGACAAAAUUGUCCAAGUUUGAUGAAGGAGAAAAGGUGGACCCCACAUUUUUCAAAAGUCUUGUGGGAAGUUUGAGGUACUUGAGUUGUACCAGGCCAGAUAUACUCUUUGCAGUUGGAGUAGUAAGCCGCUUCAUGGAAGCUCCUACCUCCACUCAUUUGAAAGUCACUAGAAGAAUUCUUCGUUACCUAAAAGGUACUAUUAACUUUGGGUUAUUUUAUUCUUCUUCUAGUGAUUUCAACCUUAUGGGAUUUUGUGAUAGUGAAUAUGCGGGAGAUAUUGAUGAUAGAAAAAGUACAACUGGUUUUGUGUUUUUCUUGGGUGAUUAUGUUAUUUCUUGGAGUUCAAAGAAACAGUCCAUAGUUACUCUCUCGGCUUGUGAAGCUGAAUAUGAGCUCAAUUUGCCACAAAUUGAAGCUACAGAGAUUUGUAUUGACAACAAAUCCGCACAAGCACUCGCGAAGAAUCCAGUGUAUCAUGAUCGAAGCAAGCAUAUAGAUACAAGGUAUCACUUUAUCAGAGAAUGCAUUGCCAAGAAGGAAGUCAAGCUCAAAUAUGUGAAGUCUCGUGAUCAAGUUGCAAAUAUCUUUACAAAGCCUCUCAAGUUUGAAGACUUUCAGAGAUUGAGAUCAAUACUUGGAAUGAAGAAGAAAAAUCAAAAUUAA